AUGGUUGCAAUUGCCGAAAUUAAGGAUACAAAUACGGGCACCAACAGUCCCAGUGGGGCAUCCUUGGGCGGAGCAGCCCGGACGGCAGCUCACACGCAUAUUAAAGGAUUGGGUCUUGAUGAGCGUGGGAUUGCGAAACAGGUCGAAGGGGGAUUCGUCGGGCAAGUUGAGGCUCGUGAAGCAUGUGGCAUAAUUGUGGAUUUGAUCAAAGCCAAAAAGAUGUCGGGAAGAGCUAUACUUUUAGCUGGUGGUCCUUCCACCGGUAAGACAGCUCUUGCGUUGGCUAUAUCACAAGAGUUAGGACCCAAGGUUCCAUUCUGUCCACUUGUAGGAAGUGAGCUCUAUUCGGUUGAAGUUAAGAAAACGGAGGCCUUAAUGGAAAAUUUCAGAAGGGCAAUUGGCUUAAGAAUCAAAGAAACAAAAGAGGUCUACGAGGGUGAAGUGACUGAACUGACACCGGAAGAUGCGGAGAAUCCUCUAGGCGGCUACGGUAAGACUAUAUCGCAUGUUGUAGUUGGACUGAAGUCCGCAAAGGGUACCAAAACUCUUAGAUUGGAUCCCACCAUCUACGAGAGCAUUCAGCGUGAACAAGUCAGCGUGGGGGACGUCAUUUAUAUAGAAGCAAACACGGGUGCAGUUAAAAGAGUUGGAAGAUCCGAUGCGUAUGCUACGGAAUUUGAUCUGGAAACAGAGGAAUAUGUACCAUUGCCCAAGGGAGAAGUUCAUAAGAAGAAAGAGAUUGUCCAGGAUGUGACAUUGCAUGAUUUAGAUAUUGCAAAUGCAAGGCCUCAAGGUGGACAAGACGUUAUAUCUAUCAUGGGACAAUUGCUAAAGCCAAAAAAAACUGAAAUAACGGAAAAAUUAAGACAAGAGGUGAAUAAAGUGGUAGCAAAAUACAUCGACCAAGGGGUUGCAGAGCUAGUCCCUGGUGUUCUUUUCAUUGAUGAGGUUAAUAUGUUGGAUAUUGAAAUUUUCACUUAUUUGAACAAAGCGUUGGAAUCAAGUAUUGCCCCAAUAGUAGUGUUGGCCUCCAACAGAGGUAUGACUACCGUGCGUGGUACUGAAGAUGUCGUUUCUCCGCAUGGUAUUCCUCCUGAUUUAAUCGAUAGGCUAUUGAUUGUCCGCACUUUACCAUACUCUAGAGAUGAAAUUCGCUCCAUUAUCGACAGAAGAUCCAAGACCGAAAAUUUACAGGUGGAUGUUUCGGCAUUAGAUUUCUUCGCAGAUAUGGGUACCGAAACUUCUUUACGUUAUGUUCUUCAGCUACUAUCACCAUGCGGUAUAUUGGCCCAAACUUCAGGUCACAAGGAAAUUACAAUUUCUGAUAUUCAAGAAGCUAAAUCGCUCUUUUUAGAUGUUAAGAGAUCAACCCAAAUACUGGAAUCAGCUGCAAACUACUUGUAA